AUGGACAGACUUGCAGAGUUCAGAUCAAAGAUUGGCGUCGAGACGGCGCGAAGGCUGCAGAAAUGGAUAGACCCAUCCUCUCGUCGAUGCUCAGACAAAUCAUGCGAACCGGAAGAUUGCGGUACUCGUUUUUUUUUCUCUCUGGCUCGCAGGAGGAUGAGGAUGGCAGCUGACACACGAGGUUGGCUGUCGAUUUUGUCGACAGAUACAGGCGGGGAGCUCCCGACUUCCACAGACGACACAGCUUCAACUCCAUGUAUCCAUUCAGGUCCAGUACAGGAAAGGAUGCGUGAUUCUGCAGGCGAGGAAGGACUGCAAAAACGGGCAUCGCCUAGCGGCAACGAGAAACGAAGGGACGAAGAUAGUUGCUGCGAUGAGUCGCCUUGCAGUCAGGCCAGUGUGGAAUCAGUGGACUGUUUGAGGUCUCGAAAUUUUUUUCGUUUUCCGGGGUUGUCGCCUUUCUCUACACAAGGCACCCAAGGGAAGCAGAGCGAAAGCGACAGUAACGAGGCAGCUCUAUCCAUCGGUGUGCCGAAUUUUUUUAUGUUUCUAAUGCGGAUUGGUGCAACAGUGACCGGUCAGGACCAAGAAACCGCUACUCCAAUCCCCCCCUCUCUUUUAACGAGUUUGCCUUCCGACGAGACUUGGCCUUCGGUAUCGCAGCACAGUGGAGAUCGCACUGCGGAAGAGAAGCGGGUGGGAACCUUCGAAACCCCCUCAGUUUUUCCGUCGAAAAAGGAUUUCGGUGGAGAAGACGGGCUUACCGCAGCUCUGAAAGACGUCAGCAUCCCGGCUGAAUCAUGUCCUUCCGUCUCUUCUCACGUCACGGGAAAGGAGGCCGGAGGGAGCGAGAAGAGUGUAGUCGCGGUUCUACGUUCCUCCUCUGUGUCUGCAGCCGUAACAGAGUGGGUGAUGUCUCUCUGUACUACAGACGUGGGGGCUCCCCUGGCCGUCCCGUUUGUCACAGAAGAGGCAGCGAAGCUUCUAUGGAAGUCCGCGUGCUCACUAAUCGCCAAUCCUAUAGUUGCCUUCUAUUGUCAGUGCUAUGCUCUAGCGAGUCUAGGUGCUGUUGUGUUCACCACCUCUAUCGUCCAUUGGUGGCGUCCCCAACUGGGCAUUCGUCGGACAAUAGAUGUCACAGCCGUUGUUAUCGUGGCUUCUAUCCACUGGCUGGCUGCCCUUUUUCUGACAGACGUCACUUUCCAAGCAGUGUACUUCCUUAUCACCUGGACUGGUGUGACGUGUUAUUUCGGAGGGUGCAUCCUAGCGGCGAGGGGCCGCUCAAUGCCAGGCGCCUGGUGCCACGUCGGACUUCAUUCCAUCUGCACUAUCGGGAACCUUUGCUUGUACAUGUAUCUCGCUCUGGUGGCCGAGGACAGUAUAGAAAAGGAAGAACUUGUGCAGCUUGUUUCGGAACAGUUGCGGGGGAAGUCUCUGCCUUCGCGUUAG